GUUGUCGGAGAGAAAAACCAAACCAUAGCUCAGUGUCGGAAUCAAAUUAAAAUCUAGAGAGAGAGAGACACAGAGGGUUUAGAUCCAUCAGUCACAAAAGCUUAUGCAGUCGCUACAACAACCCCUAGCGGUUAACAACCAGUCUGAACCAGACGCGCCGCCUAAGCAAGUGGCUCAAGCCAUGGAACGUCUCAACCAAGCCGCUAGGGUUAUCGCCGACAUCCGUCUCGGCGCCGACCGUAUCCUCGAAGCAAUGUUCGUAGCCUCAAACCCUCGCCACAACGACAUGCCUCUUCAGCUCUUCCUUAAAGAAGACGCAUCAAUGCGUCAACACCUUCAAGAUCUCCGUUCAAUUGGGAAGAAGUUGGAAGAGUCUGGGGUUUUAACUGAGUCUCUAAGGUCAAGGAGUAACUCUUGGGGUCUUCAUAUGCCUUUGGUUUGUCCUGAUGGUGCUGUUGUGGCUUACGCUUGGAAGAGACAGCUUGCUGGCCAAGCUGGUGCUUCUGCUGUUGAUAGAACCAGGUUAGCUCUCAAGGCCUUUACGGAUCAGAAAAGGCGAUUCUUUCCACACAUUGACGACGGACACAAGAUGGAAUCAACAUCUAAAAAACGUCGUGGCUCCAACUCACUAUUAGAACAUGGAGGAGAGGAGCCUGUUGAGUACAAGACAUUACCAGAUAUACAGUCGCGUUUAGAGAAGCUGGUCCCGAAUGUGAAGGUGUCUACUUAUGGACGGUUGAGCUGGCUGAAAAGAGCUACUUCUUUACCUGAGUCAGGAAGUGAUGAUCCAUCAGAAGAAUCAAAACCUAUUUUCCAGAGUUCUAGUAAGAUGAGAUCAGGGUUAGAGGAUGAAGUUGUUGACAAGGUUGCUGUAAUUGAAUUAUCGUUUCCUUCUGUAUUCAGAGCUGUAGUCUCGUUGAAUCCAGCUGGUUCAGUUGAUCCAGAUGCAGUUGCAUUCUUCUCUCUAGAUGAGGGAGGAAGCUACUUACAUGCGAGAGGCUUCUCGGUUCAUCAUGUUUACAAACACAUCACGGAACAUGCUGCUACGGCCUUGCAAUACUUCCUCAGCUUUGGUACCGGAACAGCUUUGUACUCUCUCCUGCUAUGGAUAUGCAGUUUUGAAUCCCUUUAUAGUAAACCAUGCAGUAAAUGUGGAAAGCUAUUAGCAAUGGAUAAAAAGUCUUCUUUAAUCCUACCUCCUAUACACCGCGCUUAUCAAGAAUUGCCUCUUGCAGUCAGUCUCAACGUUUGUGAAGCGUACCAUGCUGGUUGCUCAUCAGAUGCUUCUUAGUAUUAGUGAGAGGUUCAAUUAAAAGGUUAGAGAAAGAGAACUAACUUUGAAGAACACGUGUAUGAAUCUAUAUUGGCCUGUUUUCUCUCCUGUUGUUUGUGUCUCCCCAUGUUGAGGUGAAAUGCACAUUACAUCAGUUCCUUCUUUGUUUCUCUUCUCGGUUAAGACAUGAGCGACAUAGAAUCAAGUGGCAACUGAUGACACAUAUGUGAAUGUUGUGUUUUUCUAGACAUUUGAUCUGUGUCACGUAAGAUCAAUAAGCUUAUGUCUUAUUAUCUAGUGAUUUUACAUAUGAAACUGAUCAAGUCCAAACCUGAAGCUAAGGAAAAACACACAUAAGAGUCACUAAAGAAGGAUAAAACAAAAGAAACAGUAAGAAGGAAGACCAUACAUUUACUGAUUUACAUUACAACAUUAAGACAAGCUUCCAAAACCAAACCAAAAGUCCUUCACUACUUCUUGUCUUCUUCAAUACCACCCACCACAACACUCAUCGUCUUCACAUGGCAUUCCUCUGGCACCACCACCGCCAUUGACCUCCUCAGACCACAUACUGUCCAGAGAUACAAAGCCAACAUUACCCCUAACGCUCCACAUACUGCACCUAAGACCAAAACACCAAACAUUCGCCAUAUGCACUCGUUUACAUCCUCCCCCUCCUCCGUGGAAACAUCAGCCUCUAUUGCUUGAUUCGGUUCAAGUGGCAGUGAAUGCAUCCACACAGGCGUUGGCUGCCUUAUCUCAAAGUUCCAUGAAUGGAGGAAAUGAGCCUUGGAAGUGUUACCGUUUAUAGAGCUUAACCCCACCAAGAACUCACCACCAUUCCAUAACUCCCCUAAAUCUACCGAGAAAUAGAAGAAUGGAUCCAACAUCUUUAUCGAACCUGGUUUUCUAAAUCUAACCAUCACUCUCUUAGAAAGUGCUUCAUACUCAAUCAUACAGUUCAACCUCCCUCCAUUUUCCAUCACCAAGUCACCCUCAAAAGAAAGGUUUCGAAUUUCAGAAACUUCAGGUUUACCUAUCAAGACUCUUGCAUAGUUUCCUCUAUUGGAAAUAUCAAACUCAAAAGCCACAACUGUCUCGUUCUUUGCGUACUCAAACAGAAACCCUAACGCAGAGGAACUGUUAUCUUUCUUACUGAACAGACCAAGAUCCAAACUAGUUGGAACCAUAACAAAAGCCAAGACAUCACCAACCUCAUUAGGCAUUGAGAACGAGAAGUAACUCGAGAAAGAUAACGAGUUACUACUCUCUUUACCUUGGAAAAGAUUGAUGGGUUCCUUGUAAACGACUCUUCCCUCGCUUCCACUCACUGAGUCAGUCAGCUGAAUCGAAGAAGCGUCACUGACAAGCUUCGAAUCUCCAAACAAAGCAACGUUCUUGUCAAGACUCGGAGACUUUGCGAACCCAUCAAACGAAAACGAGUAGUUCACACCUGCAGCUCCAUGAAUCUUGAAGGACAACAAAACGAGCGAAAAGGAUAAGGCUUUGAAUAUCGACAUAGCUUUAACUAAGUGAAAACUGGGUCUUUCUGAUUUAAAAUGGGUAAAGUGAGAAGCUCUUCUUCUUCUAUUUCUAUAUGGAAUCUUCAGGAUUCGAGAAAGCAUUCCACUUUUUAAGAGCGAAAAAGUAUUUAGCUCUCAGAAACGCUCACUUUACUCUG